AUGAGCACACGCGUCACCAGAGCCGAAGCACGCAGGAGGAUGGCGGCCCUCCAGGAACCUCGCCCGGGGCAAGGAUGGUCGGAGACCCUGCCUACCCGAGCUCCGCGGCGGGCCCUGGAGCGGACCCAAGACGAGGACUCCGCACCGGAACCCGCGGUGAGCUCCGACAGCGACGUGGAGGUGAUCGGCGAUCCCGCCCGUCGAGGAGAGAGAGUGGUGGACUCCGGAAGGCGGCGGCAGGCGGUCGGAUACCGCGCGGGACGACGGACGUCGGAGGGGCGGAACUCCCGAGGAGCCACUCGGAGGAGGUCUGUCGGGCCACCGAGGAGACUCGGAAGCGGUUCCGAGACCGGGAGCCGUCGGACGAGGAGCAGCAACGGUCGACGGAGGAGGAGGCGGAGGAGCACCGUUGGCCACGCCGCCGUGGAGGCCGGCCCGGCCACCCACGCCGCGAUACACGGAGCCACGACGACCGGAGGAGCAGACGCCAAGCGAGGAGGAAGUCCACCAGGCAAGGGCGGAGGAGCCGUCGGUGGUGCGGACGGAGGUGCCGGCCGCGCACGUGAGCCACAGCACACGGGCGUUCGAGGCCGAGGGCAUGCGGUGGCGGCAGCAGACGGUGACAUGGACGUGGCCCGAGGGGCCCGCGACAGGACCGACGAAGGAGGUGCCCAGGAUAUGGGAGGAGGGGGUACCCAAGUUGAACCCUCGGGACCCCCGGACGAGAAGCCGACAGGAUGCGUGGGUCCCGCCGACACCAAGCACGGGCCCGCCAACACCGGCGACGACGGCAGCGACGGGGGAGGCGGAGUCGCUGGAGAAGGGACCGUGGGUGUGGCCCGAGCCACCGGCCAUCCAAAGACCGACGUUGCAGCGUCAAGUUUCGAACCCCGGAUCGACGAGCCCGCGGCCGCAGUUCAUGCGGCAAGUUUCGGCCCCGGAAGAAGGCGGUUGGUGCGAGGUCGCCAGGAGCAAGUGGCCGGUAGGAAUUGA